AUGGUCAAUGCCGACAGAGAACGAAGCCGUGUACCGGCGCUACGUAGACAGCGUCGGCUCAGCUCGGCCUCUGGCUUCAUGUACGUAAUAACAACGGCUCCGCUGGUACACUCAGCAGUUAACGCAGUAGGAUCCACUGCACUGCCUCGCGCGGAUCCGUCGCUGACCUCUACAGCCUCACGACGCGAGGUCGACUCUACGGCUGAAACCGACCGUAACACCCGUGUUGUCGCGGGUAAAAUAUACGCGCAAGCAUACGUGGGAUCGCCAAUUGCAACACGGCAGGGUGACACCAUGGUACAGCUUCUACGCAUCACCCCCGAGGAGGUGAUCGAGUUCCCUCUCGUACUAUACACACCUCUCAACGCAAAUCUCAAGCUGGAAAACAUUAGCGAGCAAAAUGUCGCUUUCAAGAUCAAGACUACGGCUCCCAAGGGCUACCUCGUGAGGCCCAGCACCGGUGUCAUCAAGGCGGGAGAGCAGCAGUCGGUUCAGAUAAUCCUGCAGCCACUCAGUGAGGCCCCGAAGACCGUCAAUGACCGAUUCCUGGUGCAAUCGGUUACCUACGUCAGCGAGGAACCGGUCCCCAAGGACCUCUGGACCACAGUGGAGAAGUCGCAAGUUGGUGAGCACCGCCUCAGCGUCGCCCUGGUCAAGGACCCGGGACUGAACAUCCAGUCAGGCAACUCGCCACAUGGCAUCCCGCCGCGCAUUGCCGCACGUCUGUUCACUCCACAGAGCGCAAAUGUGGAUCUGCCAGAACUACGCCAGAAGUACGACGAGCUGGUGCAGUACUGCCUCUCUGUAGAGAAGCUGAAGGCGCAGAUUAUCAAGGAAAACGAGCAGCUCAGGCAGAGGCUGAACAUGGGCCCUGCAGACUCACUGGGUACCAGGCUCUCCGUCGAGUUCUGGUAUAUCCCAAUCAUCAUCAUUUACGCUUACGGUGACGAUUUCGGAGACAACUUCGGAAUUGACGAGUUCGCGGAGGAGGAAGAGGAGUACGAUGAGUUCGACGAGUACGACCAUCAGCGCGUGGCCGACGUCGACAUCAUCACGGACGCCGGCGAAUACAGGCAACACGUCGAGAACGCGCACCGGAUCACCAGUCCGUACAUGACCAAGUACGAGAAGGCCAGGAUCAUCGGCACGCGCGCGCUCCAAAUCAGCCUGAACGCACCCAUCACGAUCCCCGUGGACGCGUCUACGGACGCUGUCGACGAGAAUGUCGCAAUGGGAUUCGGAGAAGCCACCGACGCGUCUGCCAUGGCCAUCGACCCGCUCAUUAUCGCCGAAAAGGAGCUCUACCAGAAGUCGGUCCCCUUCAUCAUCAGGAGGUACCUGCCCAAUGGCUCCUACGAGGAUUGGAAGAUCGAGGAACUCAUCAUAGAUUGA